AUGAUAGUGCUGCUUUCACUCAAUUACCUCAUGAGGAACUUCAAGGCUUUUAUUCAUGCCGUCAUUGCUCUCUUCAUCAUCUCUCUGGGUGCUAGGUGUGAUGGACAAGUAGAACUUGACACGGUUCUAAUGGAGAAGGCUGAGAGGGAUGCUCUAUUCUCCACCAUUCAGGGCUUUGUUGGUAACUGGUGGAACGGUUCAGAUCUCUAUCCAGAUCCUUGUGGUUGGACUCCUAUUCAGGGAGUUUCUUGUGAUCUGUUUAAUGGAUUUUGGUAUGUUACUGUCUUGAACAUUGGACCAGUCCACGAAAAUUCUCUAAGGUGUGCCAAAAAUUUGGAAUUCAGACCACAUUUGUUUGAGCUGAAGCACCUUAAAUCUCUAUCCCUAUUCAAAUGCUUUAAAUCACAACGGCAUCAGGUUACCAUUCCCAAUUCAAACUGGGAAAAUCUGGCUGGCAGCUUAGAAUCACUUGAGUUUAGAUCGAACACGGGUCUCGUUGGAAAAAUUCCUUUAAGUUUUGGUGUCCUCAAGAAGCUUCAAUCCUUAGUACUAAUACAAAAUGGUUUAACAGGUCAAAUUCCACCAGAUAUUGGCAACCUCAACAAGUUGAAGAGGCUUGUCCUUGCAGAAAACUAUUUUAGUGGACACAUUCCAGAUAUUUUUAGUGCACUGGGUGACUUGUUAAUACUUGAUUUAAGUAGAAAUUCACUUUCCGGGUCUUUACCGUUGACACUUGGAAGCUUAACUUCCCUUUUGAAGCUUGAUGUGAGCAAUAACCAUUUGGAGGGGAAUCUUCUGAAAGAAUUUGCUAAUCUUAAGAAUCUGACCCUUAUGGACCUUGGAGAUAACAGAUUCUCUGGAGGGUUGACAUUGAGUAUUCAAGAGAUGUAUUCUUUAGAGGAAAUGGUUUUGUCCAACAAUGCAAUAGGUGGAGAUAUCAGGACCCUAAAGUGGGAAAACCUUCAUAACUUGGCCACUUUGGAUCUCUCUAACAUGGGGUUGAAAGGGGAAAUUCCUGAGUCUAUAUUAGAAUUGAAGAGGUUGAGAUUUCUAGGCCUUAAUGACAACAACCUCACAGGAAACCUUUCACCAAAACUAUCAACUCUUCCUUGUCUCAAUGCACUCUAUGUUAGUGGUAACAAUCUUGCAGGAGAGCUUAAAUUCUCUAUGGAGUUUUAUGGAAAAAUGGGAACACGUUUUGGGGCCUGGAACAACCCCAACCUUUGUUUCCCUCUAGGAGUAUUGCCAACAAGUCAUGUUCCAUAUGGGGUAAAACCAUGUCACCAAGAGAUCAAAUUGGUAGAAUCUAAUACAGAUACUGGGGAUGUGAACAAGACUUCCCAUUCCACAGCCUCUUUGGGACUUAUGAGCCAUGGUCCAAAUGACUUCUGGUGGACUUUUCCAUUGAUUAUGGUUCUCUUGCUAAAUUCAUAUAUAGGUCUUUAA